GUUUUAAACCUGAAAUUUUUAUCUUAGCAUGAGCUUGCUGUGCAUAAAAAGAAAAUUGAAGAAGUUGAAAACUGGUUAAAAGCUGAAGUCUUGGAAAGGCGACCAGAACAGGGUGGAUCUAUUUUGUUAAUAACAGGGCCUCCUGGAUGUGGAAAGACUACUACUAUAAAAAUACUAUCAAAGGAACAUGGUAUAGAAGUACAAGAGUGGAUUAAUCCUGUUUUACCUGACUUCCAAAAAGAUGAUUUCAAGGAGAUAUUUAAUUUUGAAUCAAGUUUCCACACAUUUCCUUAUCAGUCACAGAUAGUAGUGUUCAAAGAAUUUCUACUAAGAGCAACAAAGUAUAACAAACUACAAAUGCUUGGAGAUGAUCUGAGAACUGAUAAGAAGAUAAUUCUGGUUGAAGACUUACCUAACCAGUUUUACCGUGAUUCUCACACUUUACAUGAAGUUUUAAGGAAGUAUGUGCAGAUUGGCCGAUGUCCUCUUAUAUUUAUAAUUUCUGAUAGUGUCAAUGGAGAUAAUAAUCAUAGGUUACUGUUUCCUAAAGAAAUUCAAGAAGAGUGUUCUAUCUCAAACAUCAGUUUCAAUCCUGUGGCACCAACAAUUAUGAUGAAGUUUCUUAACCGGAUAGUGACUAUGGAAGCUAAUAAAAAUGGAGGAAAAAUUUUUAUCCCUGAUAAAACUUCUCUAGAGUUGCUCUGUCAAGGAUGUUCUGGUGAUAUCAGAAGUGCAAUAAACACGCUCCAGUUUUCUUCUUCAAAAGGAGAGAGCAGCUUAUGGCCGAAGAAAAAAGGAAUGUCCUUAAAAUCAGAUGCUGCACUGUCAAAAUCAAAGCGGAGAAAAAAACCUGAUAAGGUUUUCGAAAAUCAAGAGUACCAAGCUGUUGGUGGCAAAGACGUUUCUCUCUUUCUCUUCAGAGCUUUGGGGAAAAUUCUAUAUUGUAAAAGGACACCUUUAACAGAAUUAGACUGUCCUCAGUUGCCUUCCCAUUUAUCAGAGCAUGAACGAGAUACAUUACUUGUUCAGCCUGAGGAAGUAGUAGAAAUGUCACACAUGCCAGGAGAGUUAUUUAAUUUAUAUCUUCACCAAAACUACGUAGAUUUCUUCAUGGAAGUAGAUGAUCUUGUGAGAGCCAGUGAACUUCUCAGUUUUGCAGAUAUCCUCAGUGGUGACUGGACUACACGCUCUUCACUCAGGGAAUAUAGCACAUCUGUUGCUACUCGAGGUGUGAUCCAUUCCAACAGAGCCCGGGGGUUCGCUCACUGCCAAGCAGGGGGAUCAAGCUUCCGACCAUUGCACAAACCACAGUGGUUUCUAAUACAUAAGAAGUUUCGGGAAAAUUGCCUGGCAGCAAAAGCACUUUUUUCUGGCUUCUGCCUACCAGCUUUGUGUCUCCAGACUCAGCUAUUGCCGUAUCUUGCGCUCCUAACCAUCCCAAUGAGAAAUCAAGCUCAGAUUUCUUUUAUCCAAGACAUUGGAAGACUUCCUCUGAAACAACACUUUGGAAGGUGGAAGAUGGAAGCCCUGGCUGACAGGGAGCUGGCGCCCCUGGACCCUGAGAGCGGAGACGAGGCCCUGCCUCCUGGACCACUGCCUGCCGGGCUCGCUGAUGUGUGUGGGGAACGGCCCCUGAGUCAGAGCAGUGGGAGCGAGCUCCCAGCCAGCCAGCCGCAACCUUUAACCUCGCAGCUAGACAUGGAGGAGGAGGAGGAGGAUGACGACAUGAUCAUAGAAGAAUAUGACAGUGACGCGACAUAGGAGGCUGCCCUCCUAGGAGUUUAAGUGGGAUUUGAACCUUUCCUGUUCUCCGGUGGAUUACAAGUUGUUGUUAGUUCCUCUUGUAUUUCAGCACAAGCUCUCCUGCCUCCCUGGAGUACAUGGAAGAUCAGGUCUCCAUGGACACUAAAUUCUUUAUCUAGUAUUUAUUUAGUCUUGGGUCUGGGUUAGCUGUUAAGUGUUUAUGCCAUGCAUCAGAAAAUGUGAAGGAAGACCCUGGAAUACAAAAGUGGUAGAAUAUUGUAAAUAUGAAUGUAAAUAAACCUUGUGCCUUA